CGGAAAUUGGUAGGGAUCAAUUAGGAGGUCGGUACAUCUCAAAUGCGUCGGACACCCCCGGGGUUCAUCGUGUGACCGCCCUUUUUCGGCCCCCAGCUCGAUAAUUUUCUUUGUUGCUGGGCCCACUUCGUUCCCCUCACAAAAACCAUGCUCACUGAGCGAUCUGCACCUCAUAUUUCAAUCCCGACCUUGCUCACCACAAGCAGAAUCCUCAUCCCCUGCCUCAUUCACAUUUCCCGGCGAUCGUGAUGGCGGGCACCACGCCUCCGUUCGCAGUUUCGACAGCUUCGACAUCCUGGAAACCCCCUCUCGACUCCGAAAAGCCUCAUUGCCCAUAUACGACCAACUUCAGUGUCAACAUUACACGUCAUCAUCCUCCUCCGCCCUUCGGCUGCGAGGAGUAUGGAGUCGGGAAUUGGCCGAUGAAUGUCACCUGGGAAUGGCUCCGGUCCGUUACACAAACCAAACACGUCCUACACUAUCCUCCAUUGGAAUCCGGGACCCCUCUUUCCAGCCCCCAAACGGCAAAACUCACAAUCACCAAACCCAUUGCUGUCGAGGAUGGCCGAGGCCCACAGAUAGCCCUGUGCUCGAUUACACUAAACGCCGCUGGAUCAAACAGCAAAUCUUUCACCGCAGUCGCCAAAAUAUUCGACCCGCUCUACUAUUCCUUCCGCAAUAAACUUGCCAGCCAUGAGCCAGUGGACGUCGCAUUCGAAGCAGACGGAGACUACAGUAGGGAAGCGGCGGCCUACGAGCACCUUCAGAAAACGCAACAAACUGGGUGUUUCGCCCCCAGUUACUACGGCUCGUGGACUUUCAACUUGUCGAUUCGCCAUGGUGGCGUGGUUCGACAUCGCCCUAUCCGUCUGAUUCUCAUUGAGAACCUCCACGGCGUCUGCAUGCGCGAUCUGUGCAAUGACCCUCGUUCCCUAACCUAUGAUGAGGGAUAUCGUCUUGGAGUCCUCGCCAAAGUUAUUGAUGGCUAUGUGAGACAAGAUCACCAGGGAUGCCUCCAAGAUGAUUUAGCACCGCGGAAUAUAAUUCUUAUCCCAGGACCCCAGCACAAAGCCGGACCGCAGCCUAUUCCGCGUGUGGUCCUCAUUGACUACAACAAUGCUAUCGUAUACGAUAGAACUAUCGCGGGAAGGAAUGCAUCGGAUAUCACCAAACUCCCGAAGAGCCCCCUAGAUUGGUUUUGGGACGACACACUGUCCCAAUUCGACGGCUGGAGACCACCGCAGUGGAACGCCAACUACCGUGUGGUCCAGAAGUGGCUGCUCAGAGAAUUCCAGGGGAAGAAUGCAUCUUUAUAUGAACCGCCCCAGAGAGAACUGACACUGGACCCUCCGCGAGAAAUUCCAGCACAUUGGUCAACCUCGGAGAACACCUCGGUAUGCUAAUAGGGCAAGAUGUAACUACCUAGGUACCUAACUAGAUGAAUAAGCCUUUGACAUUUGCAACCUUCAAUAAA